ACCAAGCACCCAUUUCCCUUUCCCAACUGUCUCUCUCUACAAAAUUCCAGGCAGACACUAAACCCUAUUUAAACCCAGCAAACUCAAAAACAAAAGCAAUAAAAAUAAAAAUAAAAAUAAAAAUAAAAUUAUAUAUGGCUUCCACGGUACUUCGAUCUCGCAUUUUAUCAAUCGUAUCAAGAAACAAUAAACCUAAUCGCAGAUUCUUUUGUUCAAAUAAAGAACCCAUCAUCUCUUCUCAAUCAACUAUACCCGAUCAAUCUGCUGCGGCGGCGGAGGAAGCACCGGCGCAGGCUGCGGGGAUUCGGGAGAAUAAGGCAUGGAACUUUUUCAAGUAUGGAAUUAUUGGCGCUCUCACUGGAGCCACUGCUUUUGCUGGAUACGCUUCUUACGCCUACAGUUUGGAUGAAGUGGAGGAGAAGACGAAAACUUUGCGAGAAUCAGUAAACUAUACUGCUAGUAAUGACGCUUCCAAUGUUGAGAAGUAUCAAGGUUUGCUGUACUCCACAGUGAUGACAGUUCCUGUUAAAGCGGUGGAACUUUACUUGGAUCUGAGGAAGUUACUGGAAGAACAUGUCAAAGGUUUUACUGAACCAGCCUCAGAUAAACUUCUUCCUGAUUUGCAUCCUGCUGAGCAACAUGUUUUUACUCUUGUUUUAGAUCUUAACGAGACAAUAAUUUAUAGUGAUUGGAAGCGUGACAGGGGCUGGCGAACAUUCAAACGACCGGGAGUAGAUGACUUCUUGCAACACCUUGGACGGUUCUAUGAAAUUGUUGUGUAUUCGGAUCAGCUAAGUAUGUAUGUCGAUCCUGUUGUUGAAAGGUUGGAUCCAAACCACUUUAUCAGGUACAGGCUAUCAAGGAGUGCUACCAGGUAUCAGGAUGGCAAGCAUUAUAGAGAUCUUUCAAAACUUAAUAGAGAUCCGGGCAAAAUCCUCUAUGUGAGUGGUCAUGCAUUUGAAAAUAGCCUUCAGCCAGAAAAUUGUGUCCCAAUUAAGCCAUUCAAGAUCGAUGAAACGGGUGAUGUACCUCUGGAUACAGCACUUUUGGAUCUUAUUCCGUUUCUUGAGUAUGUUGCUCGCAACAGUCCAUCUGACAUCAGAACAGUUUUGGCAUCAUAUGAAAGAAAGGAUUUAGGAAAAGAGUUCCUUGAACGUUCUAAAGAUUAUCAGAGGCGAAUGCAAGAACAAAGGCAGCAAGGCCGCCUCUGGCGUCGCUGAGGGCUCGAGGAUAAUGUAAAAUGUAGUAGUAACUGAAGUUUUGGUAGACAGGGAUAUGAAGUGAAGAUUUGCAUUGAAGACAUCAAAGAAUAUUUCACUAAAAACUGGUUCCUUGUUAGAGCUAAGAAUUGAUGAAAUUCCAUUCCCUGCAUAAUUUUAAUGCUGGACACAAGAAAUUGUGAAUUUUCAUCCCUCUUCUUGGAAUCAUAAUUCUUACUAAACUUUCUAGAUUACUAAACUUUUUUUUUUUUUUGUUUCCCCCCCCUGUAACAACACUCUGAUGUUUGCCACUGAUUUUUCUAGUGUUGCAGCAAUAACAGUCCACUUGGCAAUCUAGUUUUUCAAGAUGUGGCUGUUCUGUAAUUGAAGUUUGCAGACAAUGAGACAUGAUGAUCCAUUGGAGUUUGAAAUGUGAGGUCUGUUCGUCA